AUGGGGCAAUUUGCCAGCAGACACUACGAUGGCGACCCUUAUAUUGAGCUCAUGCGGGCGCUGCCCGACAGAGAGCUCAUUUGGUGGGUCCAGAAGGUCAUCUGGCUUGCGGAGGGCAUGACGUUUGUGGACCACUUUGGGCGCACCUACCCGACCCUCUUCCUGCACAAGUGCCCCUGCUGCAGCGGAUCGGGCAGCAUGAUCUGCCCAAAGUGCAACGGCUACAAGCUCAAAGGCGGCGUGCGCGGCAGGUGCGGCGGCGGCGGCGGCGGCGCGGACGGGCCCAUGCAUGCUCCGCCGCCCGAGCGCGGCGUGGGAAGCUUCCGGCUGAGCGAGAUGGUGGGGCCGCGGCGGGCGCUGGCCAGUCAGGGGGAGGCUGAGUGCCAGCACUGCGGGUCCUACUGCGACUGGGACGAUGAGUCAGAGUGGGAGGAGAAGUGA